AUGGCUCUGCAGUGUAAGAUUCAGACCUUGCAGGUGGUUGACACAGAAUACAGUGCUGAUGCCGUAGAGUGGUGCCCUGUGGAGGGCUGGCACAGCAUCCUGGCAUGUGGCACCUACCAACUCAAGAAACCUGACAGCAGCGUGAGUGGCCCUUCUUUCUGGUGUUGCCUAUGCAGUGAAAAGAGCUCCAGCAGUUUCAAGUUAACAGUUCCUUGAAGCAUAUUUUGGGGGUUGUUGUUAAGGUGCUUUGAAGUUAAGGCUUAGGAUGGAUUGUCUAUAACUUGUUUUCUCAUUCUUCCCAUUUUUGGCUCAUCCACCUCAAGUCCAUGCAGAAUGAAAAGUUGAUUUUGCUUGCAUACAGCAGUAUUGGAGAACCUUUGGCUCUCCGAUAUGUUGCUGAACUACAGAUUCCAGCAGCCCUAGCAAGUAUGGCGAGGGAUGAUGGGAACUGCAGUUCAGCAACAUUUGGUGGGCCAGAUAUUUCCUAUGCCUGGGAUACUGUCCUUCUGAUUCAAAACCUUGCUUGGGUCAAAACCCCAUUUCUAAUCCAACACUACUAAAUACUCCAACAAGAACAUCAGAUACUAUAGUAUUAAACUAACUUACCUGCUGCUGUAUUGUUUUAAACAGGAUCCAGCUAGAUAAAAUACUGUAAUGUCGAAGAUAACCAACCACUCAAAACACAUUAAGAUUGUAGCUUAAGGUGCUCUUAAGCAAACCAUUCUUCUUUCAUCCCCUCUCGAAUAAGAGUAUGUGUGAUACUGAAGUUUCUGUUGCAGGGAUUAAUGAGAUAAUAUAGAGAUAAUGUACAAGAAAAGACUUGAACACUGUAGAUAUGCUAAGUUUUAAUCAUUUUGACAGGAAGUGUAUAGCACUAGUAGUUUUUAUUCAGGCUGGAAUAAAAUCGGUUUUCCAUCUCAAUUGGUUUUUCAUAUCUUGGCUUGUCCCAAAUAACUCCCAAAUGUGUUUAAGUGAGCUGUUCACCUCUCCUUCCCACCUAAAUGUGACAGUGGCCUAUGUCUUCUUUAGCAGAGGUGACAAGAGCAAUGGGGCAAACUUCCUGAGGGGAUUGAUGCACAGGAAUCUCUUAUGUUCUCUAGCUGUGCAGUUGAUGGGUAGUUCAGGGACAGCAGGUAGUUGAAUGUGGGAGAGAGGAAGAGAUGGGGGUGAGGCAAUGUCUCAAAGUGAUAGUUUUUGAUUUUGCUUCCCAUUGCAGGCUGGUGAGAGCCCUGAAGGGAACAAUGAGCCCCAUGUGCGCCUGGGCCGCCUCUACCUGUAUUACUUUGGAGAACAAAUUUUCACACCACUGACUGAGAUCCAAAGGCUGGAAAUGGCUGCCCUGCUGGACAUUAAAUGGUAAUGCUGGAGACAGAGGUCCAGACCAGCACCUAAGCAAUUCUUCCGCAUGUUGUUUGGUAGCAUAUGCAGGGCCGUCUUAAGCAUAUCCAGCACCAUGGUGCAAAGCUCCCUCCGGCACCCCCCCCCCCAUUUCCCAGAAUUUUUUAGGGAGGACGGCACUGCUGGCAGGGCUGGAGGAGGCGGGCAGUGGCUGGGGGGCGGCUCCUCUGGUGGGGAAGAGGUGGAGGCUGGACGCGGCGCCUCCCGGCUCAGCUGUCUGCUUUGUGCCGCAGUGGCCACGGCAGACGGAGGCUCUGGUCACAGCACUGCUUUGGCGUGGCAUGGCGGAGGCGGGCGAGGGUGGCGAACCGAUGCUGGGGGCGGCUGCAUCCAGCCUCCACCAUUUCCCUGGUGCCCUCCAGAACUUGGUGCCCUGGCACCCCACGCCACUAGCCUCUGUGGGUAAGAUGCCCCUGAGCAUAUGCAAAGAGUUUUUUUCCCUUGGAGGGGAAAUGACAACUUUCCACUGAGGGCACUAUACCCUUUCACCAGCACUGGAUUUGUGGCUCCCUGAGCCACCAUUGGAGAAAAUGUUGGAUGUGGGCUGAAGGCUUGUUUCUCCCAUAGACUUUAGCUUAUGGCCUUGGUCAUGUCAUCCUGGUUUGGUUCCCCAUCUAUAAAAUUGGAAGAGCAGUGUCCAAGCUUGCAGUAUCGUUGUGAGGGCAAGCCUGUGGCUAAAUCAAAGUACCCCUUUCUAUUGAACCCAUGUCACCACUACACAGUGCUUUUUAAAAAGAAAAAGAAAAAAGGUGCCGGUAUUCACCAUGAAGUUGUUACAGUAAGUGCCACACAUUUAACAUUUUGGGGGAAAGGUGCCAGUACUGCAUACCCUUGAGUACCCUCAGAAAAAAAGCGCUGCUGCUACACCUUAACAGUGAUGCAGAUCGGUGGCCUUUUUCAGCCUAUUUGCUCAGUAUGAUAUCUACUGAGCUCAGGAUAUGAAAAAUUACCACAAUCCAAUACAACUGAUCAUAAAUAUUACAUUACAAUAUGAAUAUUAUAUAGGCAGGUUACAAAAAUUAAAAUAAGUAUGAUUCGUAAUAAAACAGGAGGAACAAGAAGCUAGACCAAAAAAAUUAAAAAAUUAAAUGUAUUACCGUAUUUUUCCAUGUAUAAGAUGAGGCAAUCCCCCCCCCCCAAAAAAGCUUAACAACUCUGGGCAAUUUCCCCCCAUUUCCUCAAUUUUGAGUCCCCCAAAAUAGGAGUCAUCUUAUACACGGGGGUGGUGUUAUACAUGGUAUAUACUGUAUUGUCCUGAAAAUAAGCCACACUUUCCCCCCAAAUUUUGACGGUGAAAAGUUAAAGUGCGGCUUAAAUUUGCGACCCUACAAAAAUUGGCUUUUACUAUAUCACUGCUGAAACAGACAUAUGGUAAAAUGGAACAAAAAUGUUUUAUUGCCAAUUUGUGAGCUUGAGACUGUUGUGCAAUUAAUUCUAAUGCCAUUCAUUGCUUUCCCUGUAUUUUACACUGCGGUAUUGAUUUUUUAUUUGCAUUUAUGGUGCUAUGAACAGGUAUUUAACCCACUUGCGGGUCCUUUCUAGUACGCAUAGGGUUUUCUUCUACAUUUGCCAUUUACGGGUGUGAGGGCCUGCGGAAUUUUAAGGGAGCGGCUUUAUAUUUGGGUACAUUUGUCUUUUUUCCCCCUUGAAUUUUAAAGGUGCAGGUUAUAUUCGUGUGCUGUUUAUAUUUGGGCCAACACGGUAGAUCUCUUAUUAACUGCAUUUGAAAUGGAGAUGAAGUUCUUAAACACAUGUUAAUAUUUCAUUUCUAAAGAGAGGGCCCAGGGACUUACUCUUCUGAGGUAUUUAUUAUUCAUUCCUCUUCAAGGUGCCACGUUCCCAUUGCAGAACAUCCUGUUCUGGGCACUGCAAAUGCUAAGGGAGCAGUGGAGCUCUCCCGCUUAACAGGAAGUGAGGUAAGUGAACCGGAAUUGAGAUUCAUGGUUAGGGUGUGAGCCAUAGCUAUGCAAAGCGGUUCAUUUUAUAGGAGAUAUAGGAUGUAGCUCUGUGUGGUCAUUCCACUUCAGCUUGAGUGUAUUUUCAUGUUAGGAAAGGUAAUACAAUUGGGGGUGCUGACUUUAUGUUGCAGGCAUUGAAUAACUGGGCAUUGUCUAAGCACAAGAUUCUUGAGGACAAAGGGACAGUAAAGAGGGAGAAGCAAGGGACAAAUAGAAAUGUAUUGUUAUUAUUUAUUUAAACAAAAUACAAGGGUAGUUGAAACUGCUGCAAAAACCUUGGACGUGAAGGCUGGCAGGUGAAUAGGACUUGAGAGAACAGUCUCUCUUACUCACAGUGACUGAAAUUGUACACAUGCUCUGAAUUGCCUGAAGAAACUUAAUCUGCAGUGGGGUCCAGCUGUAUUUUCUUAACUGAGUGUUGGAUCUGAUGUUCCUCCUUGGGCCUGUCUGGCCUUGAUCAGUUUUCUUUUCCCUUCAGUAGAAGAGCUGCAAGCUGGAACCAUUGUGCAGCGCUGACCUGGGAGCCGAAUGCCUUGCCUUAUCUCUUGAUUGGUCCACAGGACGAGGGCAGCGGUGAGCAGAGGCCAGUUAGCUAGACAUUGGCCCAGUGCUAGCAUUGCUGUGUUUUAAAAGUUGAACAAAAUCCCUGCUGUAGGAGGACUGCCUGACAGCUGUGUCUAAUGGGAGUCUGCAUAAGUUUGUGCCUUGAGUUUGCAUGCUCUGUUUUGGGGCUUUGUAAGGGAUCUAUAUGCAGUCACCGAGGGCAUAUGUAUUUCUAGUCCCCUACUCUUUUCAGCCUAUUUUCUGCCCACGCUGAACAGAGCAAGGCCUUGCACUUCUCAGAGUGCAUUACCCCAUUGCCUUUAUCUUAUGAAUCAGGAGCCUUUAUAGUUGCUUGCAUUGCUGUUUGGGCUGUAGGUACCUUGGGAAAGGCACAGCUGAUCUGGGAAAUGCUUUAAAAUCCAGUUCUCUUCUUUUAGUGAUGGUUGUGACAGUUUCUGUGGAAGAUUUAAAAAAGAUUGGCCUUGUGCACAGGAAAUUCCCCCUCCUGCUAAAGACUAACCUGUCCUUUCUAUUUUGCACUAUUUCCCUUGUAGUGGCUGCCCACUGCAGUUGAUCAGCAGUGAUUCAAAAGGGAGGCUGAACUUGCUGUCCAUUGAUGAAUCUGCCUCCCUGCACAUAUUGGAACAGUGGAAGGCACAUGACUUUGAGGCCUGGAUUGCUGCAUUUGAUUACUGGAACACAUCUAUUGUAUAUUCAGGUCUGCAUCCGAUGGCGGUAAAUGACACAUGGGAAGUGCUUAGUUUUUUCUCUAAUGCUCACCAAACCACUAUUGCUGGCAAUAAUGUUGGGUGAUUUUUAUGCUUCAUGUGCAUUAGCAGCAAGGCUUGAGCUGGGAAACAAAACAUUUCCUGCCUUUGGAGCUUUAUCUUCUAGCCUUGUGGAGUGGCUCUGCGUCACAGGAAAAAAGUGUCUCAUCUCCAGCUAUCUAUACCGUCACACAGCUUGAUCAGUUUUCUCUUUGUUUCAGGUGGAGAUGAUUGCAAGCUACGAGGAUGGGACAUCCGGAGCAGCCCGAGAGCUCCCAUCUUCACUAGUGAGAGGUAAGCAGUAGCCUGUCAGGUGAGGGUGUAUUGCUCAUCUCUCCUCACUGUUUGGGCAGUUGUCUCAAGCAGAUUUAAACUGGUGCAUCUGAUGAAGGUUCUUGCUGCCUAACCUUUGACUUGCAUUCUGUGACAGGCAUUCAAUGGGAGUGUGCAGUAUUCAGAGCCAUCCACUCCGGGAGGAUCUGCUGGCCACAGGAAGGUGAGUUUCCCUGAGAUAUAUCUUGUUAUGUACAUUUGUCUGGGUUAGCAAUAGACGAGUGAGCUGAUGGUUGUUUGUGUGUGUCUGUGCUAGAGACUGUGGCAACUUAUGGAUGGGACCCUGGGUGCCUGAAAAAGAGCAUGGUUUGGUUCUAGCUUGGCCUUUGUCUUUAUUGAUAGCCCUGCAACAGUUAAGUAAGGGCUAGCUAGGAAUCUGAAGUCCUCUAUUGUACCCUUGAAAAACCACCUCUUAUGGAUUUCUGAGGACUGCUUUUGUUUCUCCAGCUACGAUGAACAUGUCAUGCUGUGGGAUACCCGGAAUAUGAAGCAGCCACUGGCGGACACCCAUGUGCAGGGUGGAGUUUGGAGGUUAAAGUGGCAUCCAACACAGGAGCACUUACUGCUGGCAGCCUGCAUGCACAAUGGCUUCAAAAUCCUCAAUUGCCAAGGCUGUAUGGGUGAGUGCUUUGAUCUUGGUAGCUGGCACCUGGCAUGUGUGAGAAAGGCUCAGGGGCUGGCUGGAGCCAUAUACCUGUGUUUUUAGUGCCUUCUUCUGGAGUGAAAGACAAAAAACAAUUUCCAGAGUAUAUGAAACAUUCUUAUUCUAUUCAGCUACCAACACUCCUAACUUCAUCUUGCUGAUGAGAUCAAAUGCUUAAAUAAUACUCCCAAGGAUCUGGUUUGGUGUUGAUCCGUGCUGUUUGCUUGGAGAUGCUUGAAAAGGAAAAUGCAAAUAGGUUGAAGAGGAUGUCAUUUAUACAUUCUACCUGAGAAUAAAUAGCUGGGCAGAAUACCGUUUCAUAAAAACAUGAUUUAUUUUUCCUUAAUCAGUGGAAGGUAAUAUGGAGUAUCCAUUAAGUUGUUCCUCCUGCCCAGCAGCAAGAAGAGAUGAAAAGUUUAAUUCUUGCUAAAAACAGUAGUUGAGAGAUAAAUUAUUUCCUAUUUUACUGAGGAAGCAGGCUUAGUCGUUGUCUGAGGACUAUCCCUGCCUCCAGGUCUGGUCCUGACCGGACGGAUACUGGAAUCAGCAAGGGACACCCACACGACCUGAAGGUGCUGCUGUGCAAUGCCAGGUCAAUGAUCCAUAAAACCAUGGUGAUCCAUGACUUGAUCGUGGAUGGAGGAUUUGACCUGGCAUGUGUAACAGAGACUUGGUUGGAUGAAGCAGAUGGGCCUGUCCUUGCCGCUGCUUGUCCACCAGGUUUCUCUUACGCACAGCAACCCAGGCCUUGUGGGUGGGGAGGGGGGGUUGCAGUGAUUUUUAGGAAGUCAUUAGUUUGCACCAAGCGUCCUAUUGGAAAGACCCAGUUCUCUGAGUGCAUGUUCUGGAAGUUGGGCAAUAGGGGCAGUACAGGAUUCCUUUUGGUGUACCGACCUCCCUGCUGCACCAAGGAUUCCCUGCCCGAGCUGCUUCAGCUCGUGGCGGAUGUUCUCCUGGAGACACCUAGUUUGGUUGUCCUAGGGGAUUUUAACAUCCAUGCCGACACGACCUUACAAGGGGCCGCUCUGGACUUUGUGGAAAGCAUGGCCUCCAUGGGGCUGUCCCUGAAUAAGUCUGGCCCAACUCAUAGCCACGGGCAUGCCUUAGACCUGGUGUUCACCUCUAUGGAUGUUGGUGAUCUGACACUAAGUAAAAGCGAAACCAAAGAAGUGCCAUGGUCAGAUCACUUCCUGGUGCAACUGGACUUCUCCGCGACCCUUCCCCUCUGCAGGGAGGUGGGACCGAUUCAGAUGGUCCGCCCCCACCACUUAAUGGAUCCAAAUGGUUUCCAGAGAGUGGUAGGGGAUGUUAUAUCCCACGUUGAUGGCCUUUCAGCUGAUUCCCUGGUGGCUCGCUGGAAUGUGGAGUUAACCAGGGCUAUUGACUGUUUGGCUCCAAAGCACCCUCUCCGAUUGCAUGGAGCCCGGACAGCCCCGUGGUUUUCCAUGGAUCUGAGGGCAAUGAAACAAUUGUUGAGACAGCUAGAGUGCCGGUGGCGGAUAACCCAUUCUGAAUCUGACCGGACACGGGUUAGAGCUCAAUGUCGAGCCUACCAAGUGGCGAUAGCGACGGCAAAGAAGACUUUCUUCACUGCCUCUAUUGCAUCUGCGGAAAACAGCAGCAGGAGACUCUUUCAGGUGGUUCGCAAUUUAGCGGAACCACCUGCUCCAUCAGGGCCCAGUACAGGCCACAUGAUCUCCUGCAAUGAUUUUGUAAAGUUUUUUGCAGAUAAAGUCGCUCAGAUUCGAGAAGAGGUAGACUCCACCGUGGGAGCAGGGCCGGGGCAGGAGAGUGCUAGAGUCCUGUCUAGUCAAGUUGUGUGGGAUCAGUUCCAAUCUGUUACCCCCGAGGAUUUGGACAGGCUGCUUGGACGAGUGAAACCAACCACCUGUCUCCUUGAUCCUUGCCCAUCCUGGCUUAUAAAAGCUAGCUGGGAAGGACUGGGCGAUGGGUUUCGUGGGGUGGUGAAUGCUUCCCUCUGUGAGGGAGCUUUCCCAGACCUGCUGAAAGAGGCGGUUAUUAAACCGCUUCUUAAAAAACCAUCUUUAGAUGUGGCCACGAUGGCCAACUAUCACCCAGUCUCAAAUCUUCCAUUCUUGGGCAAGGUGAUUGAGCGAGUGGUUGCUGAACAACUCCAGGCACGCCUGGAAGAAGCGGACCAUUUGGAUCACUUCCAGUCAGGAUUCAGGCCUCAUCAUGGGACUGAAACUGCCUUGGUCGCACUGGUUGAUGAUCUCCGGCGGGCUAGGGACAAAGGUGAGAGCUGUUUCCUAGUUCUGCUGGAUCUCCCAGCGGCGUUCGAUACCAUCGACCAUAACAUCCUUCUGGACCGUCUUGAGGGGCUGGGAGCUGGGGGCACUGUCAUACAGUGGUUCCGCUCCUUCCUCCUGGGCCGUGUUCAGAAAGUGGUGGGGGGGGGAUGAGUGUUCAGAGCCCUGGGCUCUCACUUGUGGGGUGCCUUAGGGUUCUGUCCUCUCCCCCAUGCUUUUCAACAUCUACAUGAAGCCGCUGGGACAGAUCAUCAGGGGAUUUGGGCUGGGUGUUCAUCAGUAUGCAGAUGAUACCCAGCUCUACCUCUCUUUCAAAUCAGAACCAGUGAAGGCGGUGAAGGUCCUGUGUGAGUGCCUGGAGGCAGUUGGAGGUUGGAUGGCGGCUAACAGAUUGAGGUUGAAUCCUGACAAGACAGAAGUACUGUUUUGGGGGGACAGGAGGCGGGCAGGUGUGGAGGAUUCCCUGGUUCUGAAUGGGGUAACUGUGCCCCUGAAGGACCAGGUGCCCAGCCUGGGAGUCAUUUUGGAGUCACAGCUGUCCAUGGAGGCACAGGUCAAAUCUGUGUCCAGGGCAGCUGUUUACCAGCUCCAUCUGGUACGCAGGCUGAGACCCUAUCUGCCUGCGGACUGCCUUGCCAGAGUGGUGCAUGCUCUGGUUAUCUCCCACUUGGACCACUGCAAAGCGCUCUAUGUGGGGCUACCUUUGAAGGUGACCCGGAAAUUACAACUAAUUCAGAACGCGGCAGCUAGACUGGUGACUGGGAGCGGCCGCCGAGACCACAUAACACCGGUCUUCAAAGACCUACAUUGGCUCCCAGUACAUUUCCGAGCACAAUUCAAAUUGUUGGUGCUGACCUUUAAAGCCCUAAACGGCCUUGGUCCAGUAUAUCUGAAGGAGCGUCUCCACCCCCAUUGUUCUACCCGGACACUGAGGUCCAGCACCGAGGGCCUUCUGGCGGUUCCCUCACUGCGAGAAGCCAAGUUACAGGGAACCAGGCAGAGGGCCUUCUCGGUAGUGGCGCCUUCCCUGUGGAACGCCCUCCCACCAGAUGUCAAAGAGAAUAACAACUACCAGACUUUCAGAAGACAUCUGAAGGCAGCCCUGUUUAGGGAAGUUUUUAAUGUUUGAUGUAUUAUAGUAUUUUAAUAUUUUUUUGGAAGCCGCCCAGAGUGGCUGGGGAAGCCCAGCCAGAUGGGCGGGGUAUAAAUAAAUUAUUAUUAUUAUUAUUAUUAUUAUUAUUAUUAUUAUUAUUAUUACUACUUAAUGCUAGACUCGUAAUGUAAGCCCUUAGAGCAGGGGUUGGCAAGCUUUUUUGGGGGUGGGCUGGUUCACCUCCUGGUGCGUUGGAGUGUGUGUAUGUGUGUAUGUGCGUGUGUGUGUGUGUGUGUGCAUGCGCACAUGGCAGAAGGGACUUCUCUCUCCCCCAGCCCCUCCCGUCCCCCUGCCUACCUAGGGUGCUGCCGAGAGGCAGAGGCUGGCGGCGUCGGUGUCAGAGGAGGAACGAGCAGCCCAAAGGACAGCUUUAGGGCUGCUCGUUCCACCGCUGCCGCCACCCUCUGCCACUCGCAAGGGCAGGCACAGGAGCCACGCUUGGCAGAGUGGAGGCGGCGGCGGCAAACAGCUUGCUCCAACGAGGGGCUGCUGGAAAUGCUCUUGGCCAGAUGAGCCCAGCCCCCUUCCUCCUCUUGGCCAUGCGCAGCCGCCAUUCACCCAUUGGCCAGGGCUUCAAACCUUAGCAGGCGAUUGGCCGGCGAUUUGCUAAGCCAGGAGGAGGAGAGAGGAGAUUCUGCUGCAAUGAGGGAGAAGGGGGAAAAUGUUGGCUAGGGGAAAAAUGGCGCCCGGGCCCGAGAAAACCCCCACAGAUUCCCCUCACUGAUCCACGGAACUGGCCAUGGGCUGUAUCUGGCCCAUGGGCCUUAGGUUGCCAACCUCUGUCUUAGAGCAUUGUUGUAAACUGGAGUAAAAGCUUAUUUAAUAAAAUUUAAAACUGAAUAUGGCUACCAUUGCUGGAAAUGGUGAUUACUUAUGCAACUUAAUUGUCAUCUAACUUGUGUCUGUCCUUUCCUUUCUUGUCCCUCAGUGGAGAACAAAGAGGAAUGCACUGUUCUUUCCUCUUAUAUCUUGCAUAAUUCCUUGGCUUAUGGAGCUGAUUGGUCAAGGCUUUCUCUGAGCAACCCCUUGGAGCUAUCUGCAGUGAUGCCUGUAGUUCCUAUGGAGCAAGAAGCAAGGCGAGUGGAUCUCAAAGCCCAGAACCUGAAGAUAGUUUAUGAAUCCCCUACAGCCACCUUUGAUGUGGUGUUGGAGGAAGAAGAUCAAAGCCCUGGCUUGCCGAUCCAAGCAGAAAGUAGCUUUGACCUGCUGGGACCACGUACUGAUGAAAAAGGUUCAGAAACCAAAGCCCACAGUGAAACAGACUUGGUCAAAGUCAAAAAAGAGACCAGCCUCUUAGCAACAUGUUCUUUUUAUGAUAAUGUCCUACAUGUUUGGAAAUGGGAGGCUAGCCAGACUGCCACUUUGUCCUGA